AAAAGAAUUGUGCAUUCACGACGAGCCAUUAGUCUAUUAAUUGGCAACAACAAAACAGACCUUCUCCUUUGUUAGUUGUGAGCAAUCCAGAAAUAAUGAAUAUGAUACGCAGCAGUAGAUUCUAUCUCUGCCUAUUCCUAUUCACAACUUGGUUUUUCUCAGCUCACACAACAGAUACCAUUGAUACUUCCCAAAUAUUGAGCGAUAACCGUGAUGACACUCUCAUCUCAUCCAGCGGCGUCUUUGCGUUGGGGUUUUUCAGCCCAGGGAGCUCCAAGAAUCGGUACGUCGGCAUAUGGUACAACAACAUUAAAGACAAGACUGUGGUGUGGAUCGCCAACAGAGACCAUCCACUCACGGAUCGAUCAGGUACGCUUAGACUCAUUGAACCAGGUGGCCGUCUGCUUCUUCUCAACGCUACCAAUGCUACUAUUUGGGCUGCUAAUGUAUCAAGAAGCGCGCACACUCCACUCGCACGUUUACUUGACUCGGGGAACCUCGUUGUGACGGAUGCAAACGAUGAGAAGAAUAUCAUCUGGGAGAGCUUCGAUUAUCCAACCGACACUUUCUUACCAGGAAUGAAGCUUGGUAAGAAUCUCGUGACCGGCCAUGAAGUCUUUAUCACGUCGAAGACGAACAACGAUGAGCCGGCCAUGGGAGGUAUUACAUAUCACUGCGAUCCCUCCGGGUAUCCACAGAAUGUGAUCAAAGAAGGUGCCUCCUUUCGGUAUAAAACAGGGCCAUGGAACGGUGUCACCUUCAGCGGCAGUCACAACCUAGUGAAGAAUGACAUUUUCACGUAUGGAGUGGUGAUCAGCGAGAAUGAGGUGUAUUAUCACUACGAACUCAUCAACACCUCCCUAUAUAUGAGGUUUACGGUGAGCGAAGAUGGUGUUGGGCAGAGGUGGCUUUGGUCUUAUCACACACAAAACUGGAAACUUUAUCUUACAAUUCCAAUAGAUAGCUGUGACAUUUAUCAAACGUGUGGUGCAUAUGGUAGUUGUAAUAUCAAGACUACGCCUGCUUGUGCAUGCUUGAGUAAAUUCCAGCCAAGAGAUGAUCGAGGUUGGGGCAAUGGGGAUUUCUCCAAUGGAUGCAUUCGAAGAACCCCGUUGAACUGCCAAGAUGGAGAUGUUUUUAUCAAAUACUCUGGAAUCAAAUUACCAGACACGGAGCGUUCCUGGUAUAACGCGAGUAUGAGUCUUCAAGAAUGCAAGGUAACAUGCUUGAAAAAUUGCUCUUGUACAGCCUACGCAGCUCUGGAUAUAAGCAACGGCGAGCAUGGAUGUCUACUCUGGUUUGGUGAGCUUGUCGACAUAAGGGAGAUAUCUCCUGGACAAACUAUCUACAUUAGAAUGGCUAAAUCCGAGUUAGAGUCGGGAGGUAGGAAGCGAGAAAUACUUAUAUUGACAGUGAUGAUUGGGAUUGUGCUACUAGGCCUGAGCCUGUUUCUGUUUUACCAGAAAACAAAGAAGAUGAAGCCAGAAACAGACAGGCUGAGACAUCCAGAUGAAACUCACGAGGAGCUUGAGCUACCAAUGUUUGAAUUGUCCACAAUGAGCAAAGCUACUGAUGGAUUUUCAGUCAACAAUAAGCUUGGAGAGGGUGGAUUCGGACCAGUUUUUAAGGGAGUACUAGAGGGACAGGAAAUUGCUGUGAAACGACUAUCAAGAACUUCCCUUCAAGGAGUGGAUGAGUUCAAGAAUGAAGUAAUCUGUAUCGCAAAACUUCAGCACCGAAAUCUAGUGAAGCUCCUCGGAUGUUGCAUUCAAGGACAAGAACGCAUGCUGGUUUAUGAGUACAUGACCAACAAAAGUCUCGACUUGAUACUUUUCGAUCAAGUCAAGAAAACGACACUGGACUGGCCAAGGCGCUUCAACAUUAUUAAUGGUAUUGCUCGGGGGCUUAUGUAUCUACAUCAUGAUUCUCGUCUCAGAGUUAUCCACAGAGACCUCAAAGCCAGCAAUAUAUUACUAGAUUCAGAUAUGAUUCCAAAAAUAUCAGACUUCGGUCUUGCAAGAACAUUUGGAGGGAAUGAAACUGGAGCCGACACAAGUCGAGUAGUAGGAACAUAUGGCUACAUGUCCCCAGAGUAUGCCGUAGAGGGCAUGUUCUCAGUGAAAUCAGAUGUGUUUAGUUUUGGUGUUUUGGUGCUUGAAAUCAUAAGUGGCAAGAGAAACAGAGGAUUUACUCUGGUGGAUCACCGCCACAACCUUCUUGGACAUGCAUGGAUUCUUUACAAAGAAGAAAGGUCACUGGAAUUAGUGGAUUCUUGUGUGGAAUAUUCAAGGUACUUAUCCCAAAUAGAGCGAUCAAUCCAUGUGGGUCUUUUGUGUGUGCAAGAACAGACAGAAGAGAGGCCAAACAUGUCUUCCGUGGUACUGAUGCUCAACAAUGAUGGUGUCCUGCCUCAAGCCAAACAUCCUGGUUUCUUUACAGGAAGAGAUAUCAUAAGAAAAGAAACUUCACAUAGCUCAAACACGGCAAGUUCCGUUAAUGCAAUGACCAUUUCGCUGCUAGAGGCUCGUUAACAAAUCCAAUGUAAAAUUAAUAGAUAAAUUAAUUUGGUAUAAUUACAGAUAGAGUGUACUUCUGAAUGAAUGUGUAAUUGUGCAGGCAUUGUAGUGUCCUUGUUGUGAAACUGUUGAAAGAGAAUCAGAGGAUUUUCCUACAACAAUAGCAAUCUCAACUUUCUUGGACAUGCUAGCUAAUAUGUAAUGUAAACAAAUGAAACGUGAUAUCUUGGAUAUCACGUUUCAUUUGUUCUGUAGAUGAGUGCGGUGCCUUUACUUUUCCAACUGUGCUUAA